AUGAACAAUAUAAUAAACAAAAUUGACCCUAAUUUACAAAAGAAAGAAAAGGGUUAUAUAAAUAUUAAUUUCAAUUUUAACGAAACAAAAAACGGUAUGGAAAAAAUAUCUUAUACCCAUAAAAAUGAGAUAUCUGAUAAAAUUGUACAUAAUCAAGAUUUAUCAGAUAAUAUUCAUUACAUAAAUAAUUAUUUAACUAGCAUUUUUGAUUUGGGAAAACGUGAAGAAUCGUGGGAUAAUCUUUUUUAUGGAAAAAAUAUAAAAAAAGAAGGAAAUAAAAUGGAAGAUGAUAAAAAUAAUACACUAUUAUUACGAGGUCCCACCAAAAAUUAUAAUUUGAACACUGAAAUGAAACUGGAUGAUACAUAUGAAUUUGAGAUAUCUGAACAUGAGAAUGAAAAGAACAAAUUCGAUUAUAUAAACAAUACAUUAAAUACAAAACAUUCAGAAAAUCUAGAUAAUGUAGAAAAUAUGAAAAAUAUGGGAAAUGCUCAGAAUGAUGAAUUUUUAUAUAAUGAAUUUAUUUCCAGUGUAGCCCCAAAUAUAGAAUUGAAAAAAGCAAAUACAACAGUUGUUAAUAAUCUAAAUAAAGAAGAUGUUUUAAAAAAAGGAAAUAUGUUUCAUGAUUUUCAUUCAUUUAAUAAGAACAAUUUUUUUGAUGAAUGGUGUUUUAGAAGAAAUCAAGAAAUUGAUAAAAUACAAAAAAAUGAAAAUUUAGAACAUUCUAUAAAAGAGAUAUACGAAAAAACAGAUGAUCCCUUUUUUCAUGAGAAUUAUAUAAACAUUAAGAGCAAUUAUACAAACCAUAUGAUCGAUAAUAUUGUAGAAGAGAAUGAAAAUGACAACAUGCUAUUUUUAUUGAAUGAGAAAAAUAAUAUUCAAGAAAUUAUAGAUUCAAGCAAUAAAUGCAAAAAUAUGAUUCAUAUGAAAAGAGAGAAUAUUUCAAAAAAUGAUCAUAAUGUGUAUGAUAAUUUUCUUAUAUAUAAUAAGAAUAUAUUAGAUAACAAUUCAAAUAUGAACAUUUCUAAUGGGAAGAAUUUUAAUGAAUCUCAAAAAUUAGACAUGCAAAAUGAAGAUAUAAAACUUAUUCAGUUGAUGAAUAAAAUGUUGCAAGAAAAUGAAAAAACUGAUACAAAUUUUAAGAAUGCUUUUAAUUAUCCAAAUAUUCCUAAAUUGCAUGUAGAUAGUAAAAAGGAGUUGGAUGAGCAAAAUGGGCAAUUAUAUCAGAAUAAUUGUAAUUUAAAUAAUAAUAAUAAUAAUAUGGAUAUAUAUCAUAAUAUUGGGGAAUAUACUAACUUAGGGAUAUAUAAUACCAAUGUUAAUAUUGCUAAAAGAAAUGAUGAUAUAUUAAAAUGCUCUAAUUCUGACAAUGUAUGGGAAGAAAAUAUAAAAAUAUUGGAUUCAAUAAGUAUGGAAUAUUCUAAAAAUGUUAAGCAUUGUCCUUCAAACAAUGAAGAUAUUAAUCAAAUAUACAAAAAUGAUGAUAAUGGAACGAACAUAUUAUUGGAGACUUUGAAAAGCAAUAUAAAGCUAUUAUUAGAAAAUGAAAAGGAUGAUAAUUUAUUAAGUCAAAAUAUUAUACGAAUUCUAGAUGAUUAUAAUAAGAAAAAAGACGCUUAUAUAGAUAAGAACAAUCGUAGCGAUUUUAAAAAUAAUAACUGUCUUAAUAAUAAUAGUGGAAAUUUUAGUAAGGAUUAUAUGUCAAAUGUGAAUUCUAACAUGGUGAAGUCAAAUAUUACAAAUAUACAACAUGGUAUAGAAUUAAAUCAUAAUUACGAGGAAAAUUGUAUGAAAAAAAAGGGGAAUGAUAAUAAUAUUUUAUGUGGGGGAAAUAUGUAUGACAGUUUAAUGUUCUAUAACAAUUCUGAUAAAACAAAUAUGCCUAAUAAUAAUAAUAAUAGUAACCAUAGUAAUAGUAAUAGUAAUGGUAAUAAUUUGAAGGGUUCGUUGUUAGAUUCUUAUGUUAUUGAUGAUAAUGUGAAGCUUAAAAAUGGAAUAUUAGGAAAUCCAUACAAUAUGGAAUAUUCUCCCAAGUGUGUUGAAGGAUGUGUGGAUGUGGAGAAACGUAAAAAAUUAAAGCUUGCAGAAUUGUGGAAAUCUAACUCUGGAGGUGCGAAAACUGAGACAAAGCUGAAUACAAAUAAUAUUCAUAUUGUUAACAACAACAACAAUAAUAAUAAUAAUAAUAAUAAUUAUAAUGGUAGUGGUUUUAUUCUAGGGCAAGAAACAAAACAUGAACCUACAAUGGAUAUGAACACAAUUGGAAAGCCUUUUUACGACAUAGAUAAAAGAGCUCAUUUAAAGGAGGCAUACAUUAAAUUAUUAGAGAACGAAAAUGUAUACGAAACAAAAAAAAAUUAUCAUUGCAAUGUUACUAAACAAAUUGAGAAUAUACCUAAGAUAAGGAAUGCAAAAGGUUACAAUGAUUUAUUUAUGAAAAUAGAAAACAUAAAUGAAUUAAAUUUAGAAACAUGUUAUAAGGAUGAAGAGAAUAGAUAUACUGAUAGGAAAAAACUAGAAUUCAUGAAUGAAAAGAAGUCUGAAGAAUUCAUAAAAAUAAAAAAAGGGAAUAGUAUCCCUUAUGAUGAAGCUUUUAAUUUUUUGUGUGGAUAUAUAGGAAAAAAUAUUAAUGAUUAUAAGACAUAUGAUGAUGAUUUUAACAAUAUGGAUAUAUAUAAUAAUAAUAAUAAUAUUAAUAGGAAUAAUAAUAGUAAUAUUCAUAGUAAUAAUUACAAUAAUAUUCAUAGUAGUAAUUAUGUUAAUAAUUAUGGUAAUAUUCAUAGUAAUAAUAAUUCUUCUUAUUAUAAUAAUUUAAAUGAUACUAUAAAAAAUGAAGAAAAAAAAGAUGUAAUGUUUAAUGAAAAUAUAAAUAAUAACGAAUCAUGGGGUUUUGACAAAGACGGAAGUUAUAAGUAUUUAAAGAAUAAUAAGUUUGAAAGCGAUAAAUAUAAUGGAUAUAUAAUUAAAAGAGAGGAAGAAGAUAGUUGUCUUAAAAGUAAGAGUUUGUGUUUUAAUAAAUAUAAAAGGGAACAUGGGAGUUUUCAUAAAGGUAGUGAUCUCUUUUUAUAUAAGAAUGAAUCAGUGUUCGGCAAAAGAAUUGACAAUAACAAUAAUAAUAAAAAUAAUAAUAAAAAUAAUAAUAAUAAUAAAAAUAAUAACAACAACAAUAACAACAAUAACAACAACAAUAACAACAACAACAACAACAAUAGUAAUAACAAUAAUAAUAAUAAUUAUAGUAGUAGUAGUAGUGCUUUUAAUUUUUCAAGUAGAAAAAAAGAAUCUCCUUUUCUUUCCUUUCAUAAAGGUAGGAAAGACGUAAAUGAUAAGGAUAGUAUUAAUAAUGUAUCUAGUAUGAAUAUGUAUAAUAACAAUACAUUUUUUAUAAAAAGUAGAUGUAGCAAUGAUUAUGAAAAUACAAAUGUUGUCGAAGAGGUAAAAGAAGAAAUAUGUAAAGGAAGAGAGAAGGAUGGGCAUAAUAAAAAUGAUAUGGAUAACAAUUUGAAAAAUAAAAGUAUGAUAUCUAAUUUAAAAAUGAAAAAGAAACAAAGUACAGAUAUAAUAAAAGAAUUAAGUAGUGAAGAACUAAAAUCGUUAUUAACAGAAGAAGAUGAAAAUAGUUUGGAGAUAUUAUUAGAAUCUCUUUAUGAAGAUAGGAUAUUACCAUUAUUAUUUAAUAUAAAAGGUAGGGCAGAUGAAUAUGAAUAUAGAGAAAUAUUAAGAAAUAAUAUAAAAGCAGCAUAUAGCUUAUAUCCAGAGAAAUAUAUAAUAAAAAGGAAUGAAAGUGGUGAUGAUUACAUAAUAUAUUUUACAAACAAGAAAGUAUCAGAGGAUUAUUUUAUGUCUAUAAAUAAUUUAAAAGAUAUAUAUAGUUCAACUUUAUGGAAGCAAUUUGAAGAGUAUUUGGAUGAAAUAUCUAAAUCAGAGGAUGCAACCUUGUAUACAUUUACAGGAGGAAGAUAUGGUAUGGCAAAAGAAUUAAAAAAAAGAAAUCUUCCAUUUUUUGAAGGUUUAUUUCUGGGUCAACUUUGUCAUAUUGUUCAUAUAAGUACAAACAAAAAAAUAAUAGCAUAUGAGAACAAUUAUUUAAAGCCUAUAUCUCAAUGUCACAAGUAUACAAGUGCAAAGAAGGGUAUUAUAAAUGGGAGUGAAAAGAAUGUAGAAAAUUACAUAAUGACUAUUAGUGAGUUGAGACAUUAUAUGAAUAAGCUUUUGAAAUAUUAUAAGGGUGGUUUUAAUAUAUCAACAUUGAAGAAAAAAUUAAAAAAUCGAUUUAACAAGCAAAUAUGUGAGAGUGUCUUUCAUUGUAUUAAAUUGAUUGAGGUAUUACAAUUAGAAGAAUUAAAGGAUGUAUGUGUGGUUGAUAUGGACACUAAAAUAGUUAGGAGUGUUACUGAUUCGAUGUAG